AAUGUCUUCAUGUUGUUUGACCCAGCUGCAGAUCCAGUACCUAUUCCUAUCCUCACGAAGGAACCUGAGUGUUGCUACUAUGGCGAAAGUCCGCGCAGCACUCCUGAGAUAAAUAACUAAAUAUCAAAAUUCUAGCACGAGAACUCGAAGUACUAGAAUCUAGAACAAUCAAUUGCCUCUACCAAAAACAAGAAGAGGAUACUUAAGAAAAUGGCCAUCGAUCACGACCUGCAAUCACCUGGUCAACAUGCGGCAUGCACCCAAGGACAUCCCUCUGCAACGUCAACAUGUACUACCACGGGUACAACUGGUUGUCAGCUCCCUACUUCGUCAUCCUCUUCUCUCAUCUCUUUCUCUUGCACCACCGCUACCGCCUCAAGUACGACGACCACCAUUCAUCGUCUUACGCCUUUAACAUUCGCCUGGGAUCAAACUGAUCAAUGGGUCAAGAUUUACAUCGAUCUUGCUCAAAUUCUACAUGAACCUGCACAUAAUUCUGAUGAAGAUGGAGAUGCUGUGGGCAAGGACAGAAGUAGCAUUAUUAAACCUGAGGCGCCUGAAGAAUUUCAAUUCUCUUGUCCCGAUGAGUGGACUGCUUACUUAGUCAUCAAUAGAAAAUACGCCUGUCGCUUGUCAGAUCUGUGUCAUAGAAUCAUACCUGAAGAAAGCAAGAUGAAGAAAGGUACAAAGCGAGUGACACUGUCAUUACGUAAGAAAGAAAAAGAAAAUCAUUGGUUCAAUUUGCAUCAAAAGAGAACGAAAUGAAAAUGAAACUUCUAUCUACUAACGUCAUGAGGUGGCUGUUCAAUAUUUGUCGAUCGCUUCAUGGAAAUGCGUCCGAGAAACAUGUUGCUGUG